CCGGAUUCUUCUGGAUCUUCUGGUUAUACUAAUUAUCCUGGUUAUCGCGUACGUACCGUCACAGUCAGAAUGUCUCUAGGAAAGCUUUCCAUUGAUAAGGUUGAUGUGAAGGGCAAGCGUGUGCUGAUUCGAGUUGAUUUCAACGUCCCACAGAAGGAUGGCAAAAUCACCAACAAUCAGCGUAUUGUUGCAGCGUUGCCGUCCAUCAAGUAUUGCCUGGACAAUGGGGCAAAGGCGGUCGUAUUGAUGUCCCACCUUGGACGACCUGAUGGCAAGAAGAAUCCAAAGUUCACUUUGGCUCCGGUCGCUGAUGAACUGAAGAAGGUUCUCGGGAAAGACGUGAAAUUCCUGAAUGACUGUGUGGGUCCUGAAGUGGAAGCUGCUUGUGCCGAUCCAGCCCCAGGAUCUGUCAUCUUGCUCGAGAACUUGCGCUUCUACAUCGAAGAGGAAGGCAAAUGCACAAACGAAAAGGGCGAAAAGAUUAAAGCCAAGGAUGAAGACGUCGAGAAGUUCCGUGCAUCCUUGACAAAACUUGGCGACAUUUAUGUGAACGAUGCAUUUGGUACCGCUCAUAGGGCGCACAGCUCAAUGGUGGGAGUGAAACUCGACACACGUGCAUGUGGUUUCCUCAUGAAAAAUGAGCUGGUUUACUUUGGAAAGGCACUUUCUGACCCAUCUAGACCAUUCCUUGCAAUCCUGGGUGGUGCGAAAGUGGCCGACAAGAUCCAGCUCAUCAAGAACAUGUUGGACAAGGUGAACGAGAUGAUAAUUGGCGGUGGCAUGGCGUUCACAUUCCUCAAAGUUGACAAGAAUGUUGAGAUUGGAAAUUCUUUGUUCGAUGAAGAGGGUGCAAAGAUUGUGAAGGACUUAUUGGCCAAGGCCAAGGAAAAGAAUGUCCAAAUCCAUCUACCCGUUGAUUUUGUUAUUGGUGACAAGUUUGCGGAAGACGCUACUGCCAAGACUGUCACUAUGGAGGAAGGAAUUCCAGCUGGUCAUAUGGGUCUGGACGUUGGACCGAAAUCUGAGGAACUAUUCGCAGCAGCUGUGGCCAGAGCUAAGACAAUUGUCUGGAAUGGUCCUCCUGGUGUGUUUGAGUUCGACAAGUUCUCCCAUGGUACUAAGGCUCUCAUGGAUGCUGUCGUGAAAGCAACUUCAAAUGGUGCUAUUACUAUUAUUGGUGGUGGAGAUACUGCAACUUGCUGCAAGAAGUUCAAAACCGAGGACAAAGUGAGCCAUGUAUCCACCGGAGGCGGCGCCAGUCUUGAACUCUUGGAAGGUGCGUUUCACAUUGUUGUUUUAUUCAUAUUAAAGGUCGAUGUGAAGGACAAGCGUGUGUUGAUCCGAGUGGAUUUCAAUGUGCCACAGAAGGAUGGCAAAAUCACCAACAAUCAGCGUAUUGUGUCGGCAUUGCCGACUAUCAUGUACUGCCUGGACAAUAAAGCGAAAGCAGUGAUUCUGAUGUCUCAUCUUGGUCGACCAGAUGGCAAGAAAAAUCCAAAGUACACCUUAGCUCCUGUUGCUGAAGAACUGAAAAGGGUUCUUGGUGGGAAAGACGUAAAGUUCCUGAAUGACUGUGUUGGUCCCGAGGUGGAAGCUGCUUGUGCCGAUCCACCUGCGGGAUCUAUCAUCUUGCUCGAGAACCUGCGCUUCUACAUCGAGGAGGAAGGCAAAUGCACAAACGAGAAGGGCGAAAAGUUGAAAGCCUCUCCUGAAGCUGUCGAAAAGUUCCGCGCAUCCUUGACGAAGCUUGGCGACAUCUACGUAAACGAUGCAUUUGGUACUGCACAUAGGGCCCACAGCUCUAUGGUAGGAGUAAAGCUGAACACACGUGCAUGUGGUUUCCUGAUGAAAAAUGAGCUGCUUUACUUUGGAAAGGCCCUUUCUGAUCCAGCUAGACCAUUCCUUGCAAUUCUGGGUGGUGCCAAAGUCGCCGACAAGAUCCAGCUCAUCAAGAACAUGUUGGAUAAAGUGAACGAGAUGAUAAUUGGUGGUGGCAUGGCAUUCACAUUCCUCAAAGUUGACAAGAAUGUUGAAAUUGGGAAAUCUCUGUUCGAUGAAGCGGGUGCAAAGAUUGUGAAAGAAUUACUGGCCAAGGCCAAGGAAAAGAACGUCCAGAUCCAUCUACCCGUUGAUUUUGUGGUUGGUGACAAGUUUGCGGAAGACGCUACUGCCAAGACUGUCACGGCAGAAGAAGGAGUACCAGCCGGUCACAUGGGUAUGGAUGUAGGACCGAAAUCUGAGGAACUAUUCGCAACCGUCGUCGCUAGAGCUAAAACUAUUGUAUGGAAUGGACCUCCCGGGGUGUUUGAGUUUGAAAAGUUCUCCCACGGUACAAAGGCUCUUAUGGAUGCUGUCGUGAAAGCUACUGCAGCUGGUUGCUGUACUAUAAUCGGGGGUGGAGAUACCGCAACUUGCUGCAAAAAGUUCAAGACUGAGGACAAGGUGACCCAUGUCUCAACCGGAGGUGGCGCCAGUCUUGAGCUUCUUGAAGGAAAGGUCCUUCCCGGAGUCGAAGCACUCUCUCCAGCUCCUUAA